AUGUUCGAUGCCACCCCUGAAGUCCAGCGUAGCGAGGACGUUGACCCGCCACUCACGAGCUUAGGUCCCGAUCAACCCGUACCGGUAACCGUCAUCGUUGUGCGUUAUGGGGACGAGAAGGUCAUGAUGCAGCUCAUCCUUGACUACAAGCCCGCCAUCGCGUAUGCGGCCAGUGCAUUCAAUUCUUUGAACAAGAAACCCCACGAUAGGAUCUGCUUCGAGGCGCAGAUUGACGGGAGCAAGGGUCUUGCGAGGAUCGACGAGCGCCUAUGGCCACUCGUUGCGCCCACUCUACCUGAGGUUACGCUUCGCCUACUGCCGGAUCCUGAUGCUGUAUUGGCAUCGCUCGCUCGUCGUCAAAAACGAACUCGGGCCGAAGCUCGACUGCGACUGAUCACGGAAAUCGCAACCUCGCCCAUCUUGAUAGUAGCAGCAGGCGACGAAUAUCCGCUGGACAUCAAUCUCAUCUCAGCGACGGUUCUCGAGCUCAAAAGAGUCAUCGAGAGGAAGCUCGGCCUGCCCAUCUCACAGCAGCAACUCUACAUGCAGCUCCCUCGUGAAGACAUUUGGCCCGCGGAGGACAACGACAUUCUCGCUUCGGUUGGUGUCAUUCGGGGAAGCAAGAUCCCGCUCGGAAUCAAGAGGUCCGGCUGGUGA